AUGGGGGUUCAAUUUUGUAAGGAUGGCAAUUUCAUUACAAUUAUAAUUGAGGAAAUCGAAGAGACUGUUGAAUGGAAGCAGCAGGAGAAGCUUAAAUAUACAACAAAAAGAGACAAGGCAGCUAGAAAGAUCCAGGCCUGGUGGCGUGGCACACUGGUGCGCCGAACGCUGCUGCACGCGGCCCUCAGGGCCUGGGUCAUUCAGUGCUGGUGGCGGCUGAUGCUGGCGAGGCAGCUGGAGAGGAAGCGGCGGGCAGCGCUGAUUGCUUAUGCGAAGAAAGAGUGGGCAGUGGUUAAGCUCCAAUCUUUGGUCCGUAUGUGGCGCAUCCACUGGCGAUACUGCCAGGUGCUCAAUGCUAUCUACGUCAUCCAGUGCCACUGGAAAUGCCAGACCUGCCAGACCUGCUCUCUUCUCCGGGGCCACUGUGUGGUCACAACUACUCACCUGCAGUUCCACAUUGAGAUCAUUAAUCCCUAA